GAUCAAGCUCCCAAAAAAAUUAUUAAUACAAUAACCAAACUAGAACUAUCGACAAAUCGAGAGUGUUCUUCGUGAUUAUUUUUACAAUCGAUACGAGAUGGGAAGAGCGCCUUGUUGCGAGAAGAACAUGGGUCUUAAAAGGGGGCCAUGGACUUCCGACGAAGAUAAGAUCCUCGUCUCCUACAUUCAACAACACGGACAUGCCAAUUGGCGCGCCUUACCCAAACAAGCUGGAUUAUUGCGAUGUGGGAAGAGCUGCAGACUGAGAUGGACUAAUUAUUUACGACCGGAUAUCAAAAGAGGCAAUUUUACUUUCGAUGAAGAAAGUAAAAUUGUUCAAUUGCAUGACAUGCUUGGCAACAGAUGGUCUGCCAUUGCUGCUAAAUUACCGGGUCGUACUGAUAACGAGAUAAAAAAUGUUUGGCACACGAGUUUGAAGAAAAAACUCAACAAUUACCGAUCCAUGCCCAAACCCGAAUCCGAACCCUCUUCUAAGAUUGAAUCUGAACUCAAUACAAGUCCAGCUAGGGGUCUCCCAAUUUCACAUCAGGAUUUUUCUAGUGAAAUUUCGUCGUCGGCAACAAAUUCCACCUCGGUAACAAAGGACACAAAGGACGAGAAAAUGGAUGAAAUUACCUUGACAAUCCCAGAAUUAAUCGACGAGAGCUUCUGGUCAGACGAAUUAUCGCCCACAGACAAUUCCGUGGCGCAAUCUGAUUUUCGACCUUUCGACGAGGAUUUGCAACUUUACUUCUCGUCGCCGCUAUCUACUAUCGACGGACAUGAUCAUUUUAGUUUUAAUCGGGAUGAGGAAGACAUGGAUUUUUGGUACAACUUGUUUAUACAAGCUGGGGAAACACCGGAAUUACCAUAGUUUUGAGGCAUAAUUGUUUUCUAUUUAAUUUUUAAUGAUUUUGGUAUUUUAAUUAGAAAAAAAUAUGGGUAAAUUAACAAAACAGCAGAAAACAAAUAAUUAAAUAAUUAAUGAUAGCAAGUGGGAUGAAUUGAGUUGUCUAAAUCCAAAGUAAUUAAAGCAUGCAAUUAUAAUUAUUCAAUGACGGGAAAAACAA